AUGAGUAUAGUUGUAGGGAUUGAAUCAAACAUUGUGGAUGGUGCUGAACCGAAGAUAAUCGAGUCAAUAGACGAGUUGAAUGAAAUUGAACCGACAACCGAAGAGCUCUCAAAAUUGGAACAUAUUUCUGAUCGGAUACCAUUAUCAGUCUGGCUAAUUGUCAUUUGCGAAUUGUGUGAACGUUUCUCUUUCUAUGGAAUCUCUGGUCUCUUUCAAAAUUACAUUCAGUUUCCGUUGCCUACUGCAAAUGAUACACAACCCGGUGCUCUCGAUCGUGGACAGCAGACUGCCACUGCAUUGACAAUGUUUUUUCGAUUUUUUGCUUAUAUUACGCCGAUCGUUGGUGCUAUACUAGCCGAUCAGUUUUGGGGCAAAUACAAGGCUAUUAUUGUUUCAUGUGUGGUCUAUAUGGCUGGUCUUAUUAUACUUCUUCUUACCAGUAUACCACCAUCUAUUGAUAAAGGUGUUGCCUUUCCUGGUCUAAUCAUAGCAAUGGUUAUAUUGGGUUUUGGUACCGGUGGUGUAAAGAGUAAUGUGAGUCCAUUGAUGGCUGAACAAUAUUCUAGGACAAAACCAAUUAUCACAGUAAUCAAAGGCAAAAGGAAAAUAAUUAAUCCAAGCGUAACGAUGCAAUCGAUGUUCAAUUGGUUCUAUUGGGCGAUUAAUAUUGGCUCACUAUCAUUGAUUGCUACUACAAACAUCGAAAAGUAUCAUUCAUUUUGGCUUGCGUAUCUUCUACCCACAGUCGCAUUCAUUGCUGCCAUCGUCGUCUUGAUAAUUGGUCGCAAUCAAUACAUUCAAAAACCACCAUCUGGUUCAUUGAUCAUCCGCGCUGCUCGAGUAACAAUGACCGCCAUUCGAAUGCGACGGAAAUUGGGUAAACAACCCGAUCGUCCAGAUUUUUUGGAUUACGCCAAAGACAUGUCGUCGGAGAGCGAUAUUAAUGAGCAAGAGACGGAUUCCAAAUUAAGCAACAAUGAGUUUAUUGAUGAUCUUAAAAAAGCAGUGCGUGCUUGUCGUGUUUUUGCUUUCUAUCCGUUCUAUUGGAUCUGCUACAAUCAGUUUGGAACCAAUUUAGUAUCUCAAGCUGCGCAAAUGAAUGUUGGUGAGUUCAUGAUUCCUUUUAAAAUAAUCAAGACAAAUAGGACACUGUCCAAUCUUUGA